AGCUCGGCGGCCGGAGGGAGCAGCAGCGGCCGGUCCCGGGGAGACGCUGCUGCUAAUUAAGUUGCUGAAAGCCCAUCUCUGCAGCCUGGCAGACACUGGCCCUGGCACCAAUCAUGACCUUGAGCGAGGUGGGGCUGCUCUUACAAAAUGAAGAAGAUGAUGUGAAUGGGCUGUAGGAACCAGAGAUGGACCGAGAGCUGCCCACGAAGGUGGAUGAAGAAGAGUCCUCUGCCACGGAGGAUCUGGGAGGAGACAUGUCCUGUGCUGAGAGUGACAUGGAGGCAGAGAUGCCCCUUGCUGAGAGCAGCAGGAAAGUAGCAGCACCUUGUGCUGGGAGCAGCCAGGAAGGAGAGAUUCCUGGGACUGACAGCGACGGGGAAGGGGAGACGCCCUGUGCCGAGAGCGACGCGAAGGGAGAGGAGGCGUCUUGCUACGAGAGUGAUGGGGAAGAGGCACCAGACACUGAAAUCCCUGCUGCUUCCAAGAAGAUGUCCUCCCUCUCCUCCCCCUUGCGGGCCAUCAUCCGCCUGCGGCGGCGGUACCGGGUGCAGAAGAAAAGCCGUCUGCACUUGGAGCUCCCUCGAGAAAAGCCUGCAGAGCUGGUCCAUACCAGGCUGCUCCAAAGGCAGCUUUCCCUGAACAGAACUAGCCUGUACGGCCCACCCAUGUCCUUCUUUAACCAGACCAGCUUGGAAACUUCCCAGUACUUCACCUUUGACACAUCUGUGGAGCAACACGCCAUGAAAAAAUGCAGGCGGAAAAAGAACCGAAGGAAAUCUCGGGUAGUGCUGUACCCGGAUAAAACAAAGAGGUACCUUCCAACGGAGGAGAAGAGCAAGGCAAAACGCUGCCUCCUCUUGCUCGUUGUUAUUAUCUUCUUCCAGAUCCUCAAUGCUAUAGAGAACCUGGACGAUAACCUCCAAAAAUACGACCUAGAUGGUUUGGAGAAAACAAUGCACCGGGAAGUCUUUGGGCAGAAGGUCGCUGUGGAAAGUAUGAUGGAGUUGCUGAAAGACUACCUGGCUACCCACAUACACAACAAGCCUCUAGUGAUCUCUUUAAAUGGCCCGACAGGAGUUGGGAAGAGUCACGUUGGCUGGCUGCUGGCCAAACACUUUCGUUCCGUCAUGGACAAUGACUUUGUGCUUCAGUACUUUGUUAUGCAUCACUGCCCCAAAGGGGUGGCACCUCUUACCUGUGAAAUAGAUCUGUCCAAGAAGAUUUCUGAAAUGGUUACAAGAGCUGAAAUAGAGGAGAAGAUACCACUCUUCAUUCUGGAUGAGGUUGAACUCAUGUCUCCGGUCCUGCUGGAUACUCUCAGCCGAUUCUUCGAGCCCAACCAAACCAACGAGUUCCUCAAUGCCAUCUACAUUUUAAUAAGCAACAUAGGAGGUGGUGAAAUCACCAAGUUCGUUAUCCAGAACGCGUCUGCUGAGCUUCUGCAUCAGCAAAGGGGAGCUGAAGAACUGCUGAGCAUCAUCCAGCCUGUACUGAUCAAUGUCCACCCUCUCUGGAAAUCUGCAGACAUCGUCCCAUUUGUUCUUCUGGAGAAGACUCAUGUCAUAAACUGCUUCCUGGAGGAGAUGAGGAGGGAAGGGCUGUAUCCUGACCAGAAGCACAUUGAAAAUUUAGCGGGUCAGCUCAGUUACUACACUACAGGGGACAAGCAGUACUCCAGGAUGGGCUGUAAGCAGGUUGUGGCCAAAGUCAACCUGCUGUAGUGACUGACUGCAGUACCAAGUCCUGCUCUCAGGAUUUGCAAAAUUCUGGGCUUAGGGAGGAGCAGGCUGUGGUCAAGGUGUCCUUUCCCAGCCCUGCACUGACUCUGUCCUGGUCAAGGUAGAGGGACAGCAGCCCAGGCUCCUCUGCAACGUGGUCUCUGUUCUCCUCCAGAUGCUUCACUUGUGAAUAAGUCACAGGCAGCAAAGCCCAGGCAUCCUCCCAUUAAUUGUGAGGUGCUUUGUUCCUCACAGGCUCGUUUGGGAUCCUUGUCAUUGAGGAGUUAUGAGAUGAGAACAGACGCUGCGGGAUGUGAACAGGAGGAGGAGACAGGAACUGGGUCACUGUCCUUGCAGGACACGUAGCCGUGUCUCACUCCUUCUCCAGGCUCGCAGUCUUCAGCUCUUGGCUUUUCUUGGUCCUGGCUGGUGGGGGGCAGAGCAGAGGCCCUGCUGGACACCUGGGAGGACUGUGAGGGUUGGUGGCUCCUCACCCCACAUGCUCGGGCAGUCAGAGCUCUGCUCUCCCCUGGCCACGUGCUCCGGAGGCUGCUUUUGGACCUGCUCCUGAGCUGCUGCUCUUCUGAGCUCAUACCUGAGCUCACCUUUGGCACCUCCAGCAUGAUUUCUGCCCUGCAAGUCUGUUUGGGCUCGUCUUGAAGACUGCUUGGCUGUGCCAGCUGGUGCAGAAAUAACUGCCAGGUUGUUUCAGGUCUGGUGGUGGCAACUCGUCCUGAGAGCUCUUCUGCUUUUUGCUUCUGGGUACACUUCACCAUGCUCCUUAUCUAGAAGGCCCAAAAUAGCAACUGACAUGAUGUUAAGCAACACACACUGGAGAAGACAGUUUGGGCUGUCUGGGCUGAGCGCAGUGGGAAUCCUGGGCUUGUUCCCAGUCCAGUGAGGUUCUCAGUCCUUGAGACCCUGGCGUGCUCUGAUGCUGCCUGGAAGCACCUCAGGAAAAGCACACGUCCUCAUGUGGAACAGGCAAACUCAGCAGGUAUUUAUGAUGAUGCUUUUUCAGGUUUUGGUUUUGGGCCUAAAUCCCUGUCUACAAUUUGCUGUGAAUUAUCAGGGACGUCAUCCUGUGGAUGGUUACACUGGUGGUUUGAUUUGCCUCUUUCUACCUGUUGGGCUCCAAAGAAUUCCAUCACGAACUCCUGCUUCCAGAGCUGUUGUCAGGAAUAAAACCAAACUAUCCUGAAUAAAAUAAUUCA